AUGUCUGAGGGACACAGGCCCCGCCGGGGCGGCGGCAGGGGGAGUGCUGCAGCAGCCGAGCGGGAGCACUCAAGGUCAGCAGCAGCAGCAGCAACAGCAGCAGCAGUAGGAACAGCAGGAGCAGCAGGAGCAGCAGCUGCUGGUACAGGUCGUGCUGCCCCACAAAAUGUUGCUGCCACCUCAGCGGCCUUGCAAGGGCAGCAGACACAAACAGCGGCACCAACAGCAGCAACAACAGCAGCAACAACAGCAGCAGCAGCACCAACUGCUGUUGCUGCUGCAGCGAGAACACCAGUAGUACCAAACGUAACAGCAGCACCAGCACCGGCAAGAAGACCGCGAUCAGCAGCAGCAGCAGCAGCAGCAGCAACUGCACCGAUAGCAGCAGCAGGACCUCCUGCAGCAGCAACUGCUGCUGCACCAUCACGCCCUCCCGCCUCUAUAUCUCUCCUUGCUGCAGAUCAAACAAGAGGACACCUUCUUCCUGCUGCUGCUGCUGCUGCCCCCACUGCUGGUGUUGCUGGACCUGCUGUAACUCCAGCAGUGCCUGCUCCCUCGUCUGCUGCAGCGGCAAUACUAUACAGCAGCAGCACAAGCAGCAGCAGCAGCAGAGGGCGAUGGCGAGGCAGAGGUAGAUAUGCCACCGCACGGCAGCGCCGUCAGCAACAGCAGCAGCAGCAGCAGCAGCAGCUGUUGCUGCAGCAAGGGCAGGUGCCGUCAGGCGCAGCACACGAACAGCCAGCAGCAGCUGCAGCAACAGCAGCAGCAGCAACAGCUGCAGCUGCAGCAACAGCAGCAGCAAAAACCCCAAGUGAAAGAGUUAUUAUCCGGCAGGGAGUGGCAGCAUCAGCCGUUCCCGCUGCUGGGCAGCAGCAACGCUACGAGCAGCAGCAACAGCAAAGGCAGCAACAGCAGCAGCAGGCCCAACAGCCACAGCAACAGCAACAGCAGCAGCAGCAGCAACAACCACGGCAACAGCAACAGCAGCCGUCACAGCAGCCGUCACAGCUGCAGCAACAGCAGCAACAACAGCAGCAGCAACAGCAGCACAUACAGCAGCAGCAACAGCACCAUCCACAGCAGCAGCUACACCCGAAGCAACAGCAGCAGCAACAGCAACAGCAGCAGCCACAGCCGCAGCAACAGCAACAGCAACAGCAACAGCAACAGCAACACACUCAGCCGCAGCCACAGCAGCAGCCACAGCAGCAGCCACAGCAGCAGCCACAGCAGCAGCAACAACAGCAGCCAAAGCAGCAGCCACAGCAGCAGCCACAGCAGCAGCCACAGCAGCAGCCAUCGCAGCAGCCAAAGCAGCCCCAGCUGCAGCAACAACAGCAGCAAGAGCAGCAAGAACAGCAGAAGCCACAACAGAAGCCACAACAGCAGCAACAGCAGCAAGAACAGCAGAAGCCACAGCAGCAGCCUCAACAGCAGCAACAGCAGCAAGAACAGCAGAAGCCGCAGCAGCAGCCACAACAGCAGCAACAGCAGCAACAGCAGCAACACCCACAACGAUAUUCCAUCGUCAUCUCCUCGACAGGUCCAGCAGGCAGCGCAUUUGCUGCUGCUGCUGCUGUUGCAGCAUCGCCUGCUGCUGGUGCAGCAGCAUCUCCUGCUCCUGCUGCUGCGGCACCUCCUGCUGCUGCUGCUAAAGCAUCGCCUGCUGCUGCUGCUUCUGCUGUUCGGACGAAUCCUGCUGCUGCUGCUCCAGUCAGUACCGGUGCUGCUACACAUUCUGCUGCUGCUGCUGUACCUCCUGCUGCCGCUUCAACCGCUGCUGCACCUCCUGCUGCUGCACCUCCUGCUGCUGCACCUCAUGCUGCUGCAUCGCCUACUCUUGCACCUCAUGCUCCUGCGCCAACCGCUGCUGCAUCUCCUGUUGCUGGGCCUACCGCUGCUUCCCUUCUUGCUGCUGGGCCAACCGCUGCUUCCCCUCCUGCUGCUGCACCUCCUGCUGCUGCGCUUCCUGCUGCUGCGCCUCCUGCUGCUGCGCCUCCUGCUGCUGCGCCUCCUUCUGCUUCACCUGCUGCUCCUGCAGUUGCUGCUGCGGGCUUGUCAAAGAAAGAUGCUGCUGGCGCGCCUAGAAGCGCAGCAGCAGCAUCCAUACCAGGACCGGUGCCCUCGCUGCAGCAACAGCAACCGCAGCAGCAGCAGCAGCCGCAGCAGCGGCAGCAACAACGGCAACGACAGCAGCAGCAAAGCGACAGGCAUCAGGCAACUAGCUUUAUUCCCCUGUUCCUGCCUAUGGUCAGCAAGGAAGCUGCUGCUGCAGCAGCAGGGCCUGCAGCAGCAGGAUCACCACCAGCGCCUCCUCCCCCACCGCCGCCGCCACAGCCGCAGCAGCAUCACCGUCCGCAGCAGCAGCAACAGCAGUACCUCCCUCAUCCGCAACCUCAGCAGCAGCAGCAGCAGUAUAUGACACGAGGAAGGCCUCGAUCUAACUACCGCAGCAGAAGAGGAGCAGCAAGAGGAAUGAAUGUUAUCCCUGCAAGCAGGGGAGCAAGGAUACCUACCUGGCAAACAGCUGCGCAGCAGCAGCCGCAGCCGCAGCCGCAGCAGCAGCAGCCGCAGCAGCAGCAGCAACCGCGCCAACAGCAGCAACAAAGACAGCAGCAACAGCAGUCACGGCCGCCACAUUCACAGGACAGCCAACCACAAUUACAGCAGCAACAGGAGCAGCAUCGGCAACAACAGCAGCAGCAACAACAACAAUCGCAGCAGCAGCAACAACCGCAGCAGCAGCAGCAGCAACAGCAGCAGCAGCAGCAGCGGCAGCAGCAGCAGCAGCAGCAGAGGCAGAGACUUGGAUGGAAAGACAGCAGGGGUUCUCACGGCUCUCCGUUUUCCUUCCUACCAGCAGCAAGCCCGCGAGGACUGCAGCAGCAGCAGCAGCAGCAGCAGCAGCAGCAGCAGCAACAGCAACAGCAGCAAGAUAGCCCACGAUUUCUGCCUCCUGGUGGUCUAGGCAGCCAGCUGCUUCCCUGGAUGCAAUGGCAGACAGCAGCACCGCCAGCAGCAGCAGCAAAGCCAGCAGCAGGAGCAGCAGAGGAGAGGGAAGCCGAAGCUGCAGCAGCAAUGGGUCUUCACUUCGAUGCCUCCCCACGCGGACAUUUACAGCACCAGCAGCAGCAGCAACAGCAACAACAACAACAGCAGCAGCAGCAGCAGCAGCAGCAACAGCAGCAGCAGCAGCAGCAGCUACGGCAGCCACAAGCUGCUAUGUGGUCUCUUAGAAGGCUCUCUAUAAUCCCCGGUGCAACAAGGUCCGAACGUGCUGCUGCCCCCGGCAGCAGCAGCAGCAGUAGCAGCAGCACGUUGCUGCUGCAGGAGUGCUUCGGCUAUGAGCCAGUUAGUAGGAAUCCGCAAGAAGAUAGAGAUAAUCCACUGCAGCAACAGCAACAGCAGCAACAGCAGCAGCAGCAGGAACAGCAGCAGGUGGGGGGCCCGUCUACAGUACGGUGGGAGCCACCAGCAGCACCACCACUUUCUCCCGCCCAAUUCAUUCAGCAGCAGCAGCAGCAACAACAACAACAGCAGCAGCAGCAGCAGUUCCCGCUGCAGCAGCUGCAGCGGCUGCAGCUGAUAUCUCAUCCGCAGGCAUCAGGGAGUGCAUCGAGCCACGGCGCAACAACUACAGCAGCGGCGGUGGCAGCAGCAGCAGCUGCUGCUGCAGCUGCUGCUGCUGCUGGUCCUCAUAGUGAUGCUGCUGCUGCUGCUGCUGCUGCGUCUGCUGCUGCUGCUGCACCUGAGGGAGACCCACUGGAUACACAGAGGCCUCUGGAUGUAGAGAGGGCUAUAAGGUUUAUUCAAGGAUGGAUAGGGGUAGUGCAUGCAGCAGCAGCAGCAGGUGCUGCUGAUGCCCCACCCCCCCCACCAGCAGCAGCACCAGUAUCUGCUGCUGCAGCAAUAGCUGAGAGGCAAGGAGAGACCCUGCAGGCCUCACAGCAGCACCAGAUACAGCUGCAACAGCAGCAGGAGCAGUUGUUGCUGCUGCAGCGUCAGCCGCAGCAUCCGGCUUUGUCUAGUGCUGCUGCUGCUGCUGCUGCAGAUAUGCAAGGUGGGGACGCACUGCAGCAAGCAGCAAGAUGGACGCAGCAGCAAAUGAGGUCGCAGCAGCAAGAGCUAAGACGCACGCGCCUGCAGAUGUUCUUAGAGCAGCAGCAGCAGCUGUGCUCCUCCCCGGAGACAGCAGCAGAAGCAGCGGCAGCAGCAGCAGCAGCAGAAACAGCAGCAGCAGAAGCAGUAGCAGCAGAAACAGAAACACCAGAACCACCAGCGAGACCUGAACCAGGUGCAGCGCAUGCAAGAAAAGCUUCUGCUGCUGCAGCAGCAGCAGCAAUGAGCCGCGAGCUAGGUUUCUCUGGGGAACCUGAGGGACGUCAGUGGGGAGCAAAUGAACCUGCUGCUGCUGCUGCUGCUGUUGCUGCUGUUGCUAAUAUACCUGGAGCUGCUAGUUCUGCUGCUGCUGCUCUUACUGCACAUAGCAGGCAGCAGCACUUAUUCGAGGCACUGCAGCAGCAGCAACGGCAGCAGCAGCAGCCACAGCAGGAAGCAGAAAGGCCAGCGCUGGGUAAGCGAAAGAAGAAAGCUCGGAGGAAGUCGCAGCAGCAACAGCAGCAACAGCAGCAACAGCAGCAACAGCAGCAGCAGAUGCAGCAGGAGAGAGGUUCCGCAGCAGCACCAGGUCCACCUGUUGCUCCUCUCCCACUGCAUGCGCAGCUGCCAGGCCGCUUGACAGACUACCAACAUCAGCAGCGUCAGCAGCAGCCGCAGCAGCAACAGCAGCAGCAGCAACAGCAGCAGCAGCAGCACGAUCCUCUGCUGCUGUCUCUUGCAAGUCGCGAAGGUCUUUAUGGUCGAUGGAAAAUCCAAGAAAAUAUUCAAGAGGGAAAUGGCAGACCCCACAGUGCUGCUGCUGCUGCUGCUGCUGCUGCGCAAGUUAGGCACCAGCAGCAGCAGCAGCCUUCUGAGACAGCGCACAGCAUGCAGUGGGGGUCUCAGCAGCCAGAGGAAUACCAGUGGGAACAAAUGCAUGUGAGGCAGCAGCAGCAACGGCAGCAGCAGCAGCAGAGACACCAGCAGCAGCAGCAGCAGCAACAGCAACAACACUUCCAGCAGCUGCAGCAACUGCAGCAGCAACAGCAGCAGGAAUCGUUGCAGCAAACUUCGUGGCUUCUAGCGCUGCAACAGCAAAGACGGGGACCAGCAACCGCAGCUGACCCUUCCCAACCGUUUGCUGCUGCAGCAGCAGCAUUUGCUGCAGCAACGAACGUACAUCCUCGCGGGGUGCCCAGUGGCGGCAGCAGAAGAGACAGCGCUGCAGACCCCCAACAGCAGCCGCAGCAGCACAUACUGCAGCAGCAACACAUAUUGCAACAGCAGCAACAGCUGUUGCAGCAGCACCACCUACUGCAGCAGCACAUCCUGCAGCAGCAGCAGCACCAGCAGCAGCUAAACCUUGCUGCAGAAGGCUCCAGGCAUCAGUACAGCCCCUUUUGGGACCCGGAGGAGGCCUACAGUGAGCAGCAGCAGCAUCCGCAGCAGCAGCAGCACCCUCUCUUUAUGUCCCUACAGCAGCAGCAGCAACAGCAGCAGCAGCAGCAGCAGCAGAGUCCUGAAGGGGACCUACACUAUUAUACCCAUGGCAGCAGACUGUUUCAUGGAGAUGGUCAUAGCUCGCUGUUCCACCUAGAAAUGCAGCAGCAGCAGCAGCAGCAGCAGCAGCACCCGCCACACCAGCAGCAGCGGAGGCGGCGGCAACACCAGCAACAGCAGCAGCAGCAGCAGCAGCAGCAUCGGCAGCAGCAGCAAUACGGACCUGGACGUGAUUCAUGGUGCAGCUACUCGCACUAUGAAGGCCCUGUUGGUCACAGCAGCGAGAGUGUGGGGCCCCCCUUCUACCAUCCUCUUCAGCAGCAGCAGCAGCAGCAGCAGCAGCAUGUAAUGCUGCUGCAGCAAGGGUUUCGUCUUCGCAGAUGGCACAGAGGCAGCAGCCCUUGGGGCAGCAACAGCAGCAACAGCAGCAGGAGGCUUCAUGGUAGUCGCUGCAGCAGGCUUAGUUUGAAGCGCAGCAGCAGGAGCAGGAGCCACAGCAGCAACAGCAACAGUAGCAGCAGCAGCAGCAGAAGGAGAAGAGGGCAACCACCAAGUAAUACUAUUGAUGGUGCAUGGUGCCGUUGGGUGUAUAGGCAGUGGCAUGUAUGGCUUGCUGCUGCUCCCCUGCUGCGCUGCAUCUGCUGCUGCAGCAACGUCUUUCUUAAUAAGCGUCUCCUUUUAUUAGAUGUCCCUUUCCCUCUUAUAGCACGAGCAGCGUUGCUGCGGUGUAUAGACACCUCAGGGAGACGCAGCAGCAGCAGCAACAGCAACAGCAACAGCAACAGCAUCAGCAGCAGCAACGGGCAACAAGCGUAUGUACAAAGAAAUCAACCUAUAACUGGCGGCAUUCAGCACCAGCAGCAGCAAAUGCAGCAGCAAAUGCAGCAGCACAUGCAACAGCACAUGCAGCAACACAUGCAGCAGCACAUGCAGCAGCAGCAAGACUACGGGCAUCUACGAGAUCCAUACAUCGAGUUCAUGCAGCAGCAGCAGCAGCAGCAGCAGCAGCAGCGGAGUGGAGCAAACACUGUUCAGCCUAUGCCUCCUUGGCGAGAAACGAAUCUGCAUCAGGAGCUGCAGCAGCAGCAGCAGCAGCAGCAGCAGAAGCAGCUGCUGCAGCUAUUUCAGCAGCAGGAUGUUCAGAUGCCGUUGGAGCACUUGGAGAAACGCACCAGGUGUAUAUGCACCCCAUGGCAGCAGCAGCAGCAGCAGCAGCAGCAGCAGGAUCAGGAGCAGCAGGAGACUGAGCAUAUGAAUGAAGAGGAGUUACUACAUAAGAAGCAUAUAUUGUUGCAGCGUGAGCAGCAGCAGCAGCAGCAGCAACUAGAGGAAGCAAUUAGAUGCCAAGGGGAAGCAGCAGCAGCAGGAGAGUUACCGCUUGUGCUUCCUGAUGAUGUUAUAGGUUUGCGGUGUAUAGACACCAUAACAAGUACAAUAAUUGCAUGCCCUUGUUCUCCUCUUGCUGCUCCUUAUCCGUUACUUACUCCUGCUGCUGCUGCUGCUACACCUGCAUCUGCUGCUGCUGUUGCUGCUACAUCUGCUGCAUCUGCUUCCAAGUCUGCUGCUGCUUUCCAAGCUAUCUUAGAAGCAGCAAGAGCAGCAGCAGCAAAACGAGCAGCAGCAGCAGCAAAACGAUGGCAGCAAAUUGUAUAUAGUAGACCCCCUACACCUCUCCUCUCUCCUAAGGCAUCAAUCCAUCCUACUGCAGCAAGCAGAAGCAGCAGCAGAAGGGGCAGCAGCAGGAGCAGUAGUAGUAGUAGUAGUAGCAGCAGCAGCAGUAGCAGCAGCAGCAGCAGAAACAGCAGCAGCUGCUGCUGCACGCAACAGGGAGGCAGCAGCUUUUCUGCAAAUCCCUGCGCCCCUGGAGGUCGUCUGUUUACAGAGGUGCAUGUGUAUACCAGCAGACGCCAGCCGCCACCGCAGCAGCAGCAGCAGCAACAGCAGCAGCAGCAGCGGAAUCAGGAACAGAGGCUUAUGGAUUGGCUGCUGCAUGCACGUGCUGCGCAACGGAGACUAAGGGGGCCCGCUUUGCUGCUGUCUCCUUGCAUGCAUCCUACUACAUCAAGAUAUAAACUAAAGAAGAAACGAGAAGCAGCAGCAGCAGCAGCAGCAGCAAGGGGAGCAACAGCAGCAGGUGCUGCAGCAGCUCCAACAGUGCGAGACAACGUAGACACCCGAGCGCCUGCACUAACUGCGGAAACGACAGCGGCAACUGCAGCAACUGCAGCAACUGCAGCAACUGCAGCAACUGCAGCAACUGCAGCAACUGCAGCAACUGCAACAACUGCAGCAACUGCAACAACUGCAACAACUGCAACAACUGCAACAACUGCAGCAACUGAAGCAGCAAGUGUACCAAGUGCAGGGGGAUCAGCAGCAGGAGCAGCAGCAGCGCUUGGUGCAGCAGCAGCGUUAGGUGCGGCAGCAGCAUUAGGUGCAGCCGCAGCGUUAGGUGCAGCAGCAGCGUUAGGUGCAGCGGCAGCAGCAAUAGGUGCAGCAGCAGCUGGAGGAGUUGGAGUAGGAGCUGCAGCAGCAGUAGCAGCACAAGCAGCAGCAGCAGCAGACGCAGCAGCAGCAGGAAGCAGUGGAUCUUUGAAGGGCCUUGCAGCGUCUCUGCAGAAACACUUGGAGUUGCUGCCCCCCGAUGCAUGCAGCAGAAGCAGCAGCAACAGCAGCAGCAGCAGCAGCAGCAGGAGCGGCCGGGUGAGUUGCUGCUUGCUGCUGCGCCCUCGAGGUGCUGCUUGUCAGCGUGAGCAGUGGCAGCAGCUGCUACUGCUGCGGAAGCAGCGAGCAGCGAAGCAGCAGUUGCUGCUGCAUGCACAGGAGCAGCAGAAGCAGGCGCAGCAGAUGGAGCUGCUGCUGCAGCAACAGGAGCUGCUGCUGCAGCACAUUGAAGAAGGGGUAAAGCUAUAUACAGAAGGGGCUAGGCUUGCGCAUGCCUCCUGCUGGGAAGCAAGUCUGCUGCUGCAAGACCCAGCAGCAAGCGCAGCAGCAGCAAGUGCAGCAGCAGCAAGUGCUGCAGCAGCUAGUGCAGCAGCCGCUAGUGCAGCAACUGCAGCAGCAGGGAGUCUAGGAGAGCCUCUGGGGUCAACAACAGCACCACCGCCAGUCCCCCACGACGCACGAAUAGAAAGGGAAAGCAGCAGCAAUAGCAGCAGCAAAUGCGUCAGCAACAGCAGCAGCAGCAGCAACAGCAGCAGCAGCAACAGCAGCAGCAGCAGCAGCAGUGCCUUUGAAGGUGGGGCAGCAGCAAUGUCACAUACCGAGGCUCCGUCACAUGGAUUGUACAGCCCUGAAUCAGCAGCAGCAGGAGAACCAGCAGAGGCAGCAGAAGGAGCAGCAGAAGCAGCAGCAGCAGUAGGAGCGUCACAAGGAGCACCAACAGCAACAGCAACAGCAGCAACAACAGCAGCAGCAGCAGCAGCUGGAGAUACACCUUGGCUAGAGGAGUUUUGCAGCAAAGCAGCAGACUAUUGGGCUCGCAUGCCAUUGCUGGUAAACGAUCCUCCCCCUCCUCCUCCCCACCAGCAGCAACAGCAGCAACAGCAGCAACAGCAGCAACAGCAGCAACAGCAGCAGCAGGAGCAGCAGCAACAGGAGCAGCCUGAGCAGCAGCAGGAGAUAACAGGAUGGCAGCAACUAUAUGUCCCCUUAGGGGCAGAGAUGCUAUGGGUACCGCUGCCUGGCGAUCCCCGCUGCUGUGCAUGCGGAGGCAGUAUAGGGGGCUUAGCUAUUUCUUGUGACGGGCAGCUAGGUAGGUUGCUUCCUGCUGCAGUUGUGCUGCAGCAGCAGCUGCAGCAGCAGCAGCAAGCAGAGGGGAAUAAGGAACUGCAGCAAAUAUUAAAAAGGGGCAAUGCUCUGCUGCAGCUACAAAAGUUACAAGAAGCACACCAAAGGUACAAAAGACAGCAGCAAAUGCUGCAGGAGCAGCAGCAGCAACCGCAGCAGCAGCAGCAGCAGCACAGACAUAGGCGCAGCAGGCGGCAUAACAGCAGCAAAGACAGCAGCAGCAACUCGGGUGUAUUGCUAGAGCCUGCGCCUUCACCUCCUUUGCCGCAUAUUGGUGCAGCAGAACGUGCUGAUCUACCUGCUGCUGCUGCUGCUGCAGCAGCAGCAGCAGCAACAGCAGCAGCAAUUAAUGAUGGAAAUAUAUACCGUACAUGCAAUUGCCCUACAGGCCUCUAUGCAGAAGCAUCAGCCUUCUGGUCUCCCCCUUCUCGUGUUGCUAGUGGUCCUGCUGCUGCUGCUGCAGCAGCAGCAGCUGCCGCUGCUGCUGUUGCUGCUGCUGCUGCUAUACCAGAGACACCCUGGCUAGACAGCAUCCAUAGCGCAGCAGCAGCAGCAACAGACACAAUAGAGGCAGCAGCAAAGGAGCGACCAAGACAAGGAUGCAGCAGUAUAUCGACACCUGCUGCAUCUGCAGCAGCAGCAGCAGCAGCAGAAGCAGCAGCAGCCCCCCCGACUAGCCGACGAAACAGCAGCAACAGUAGCAGUAGCAGCAGCAGUAGCAGCAGCAGCAGCAGUAGUAGUAGUAGUAGUAGCUGUAUGGAUCCAUUAAUAAGGGAAAAAGCACAAGAAAAUAAAAUAGCUAUAUUAUCUUUAGCUAAUUCUGCUGCUGCUGCAGCAAUAAUAGAUAAAGGGACAGCUUGUCUCCUUUCUUAUCUUAUUGUGUCUCUUCCUCCCUCUAUUGUUGCUUCUGCUGCUGUUGAGCCUUUGCUGCAUUUGCUGCAGUUAAUUAGAGAUCUAUGGGUAGAUGAAUUAAUAGGAGACCAGCCAUACCAGCAGCAGCAGCAGCAGCAGCAGCAACAGCAGCAACAGCAACAGCAGCAGCAGCAACAGCAACAGCAGCAGCAGCAAUUGGGUACCACACAUUCCACUGCUUCUCCAUCCUUUGCUUCUUCCCCAUGGCAGCAUUAUCCCCUACAGCAGCAACUGCAGCAGCAACAGCAGCAUGUGCAGGCAUUGUUGCUGCAACAGGAUCAGCAGCAGCAGCAACAGCAGCAGCAGCAGCAGCAAGGGGUAGGGAUAGGGGCACUAUGGGGAGAGAAACAGAAGAGCAGCAAAGACACCAUCAGGAUGCUGCUGCAGCCUCUGCUAGUAAGAAGAAUAAGGCAGCAAAUGGCUGCUCUUAUACAAGCAGCACAAUAUGGUGUUCUUAAGGACACUUAG